AUGGAUAAUGGCUCCUUUGAUCCUGAUGAUCUGGGAAUCAUUCUUUUCAAAGAAGUCAAACAGAGCUGUGUGGACCUAUCUGCUAUCACAUUUGCUCCCGAGACGAUAUUCACUUCCAAGCAGCUUGUCGAUGCAUUAAAGAAACUUGAUUUUGUACUGAAGGACUCCAUCAAUCGAGUAAUAGGUACAAAAGAGAUAGGAUUUCCCACCAGUCUUGCAGACUACAUUUUUGUUCCAAUUGCGCAACUGUUGCGACGGCCUGUUCUGCAGGAGACUGAAUUGGAGUAUGUUUUAUCGAUCAUCCGAACUUUAAUCAAAAGGUGCUGGUCAUUCUCGGGGGCCCUUGCGCAAGGCCUCGCGCAACAAUUCAUUCCUCUGAUAACAUUCUUAAUUGGAGGCAAACCAAACAUUAAACCUUCCGAGUUUGUUACGCAUACUGACGAGACAUUAAUUAACGGGAUCGGGUGUUUACACGAUACCUUGUUGGGUAUACGCAACCAGGGCCCAGAAUUCACAAACAGAUAUUUGAACGAUGACAAGAAUAUGCCCUCUCUAGGUCAUAUGGUGACAGUGUUACUGCAUUUUGCUCAGCAUAAUCAAAAUAUCACGGUUCAAUUAUCCAGCUUGGAGACGUUGAACGUGUUGUUUGACAUGUUUCACGAUGGCGAAAUUUUGUCCUUCAUGUUACCGGGCGUCGUUUCCUCUAUCAGUAAGACAAUCAAACAUACACGAAAGGCGAAAGUUAUAAAUCUGUCAUUGAAUGUUUUGACCACAAUAAUUUGCUACGUUUUUGAUGACUAUGAUUUACAAGUGGAUACAAAUUACAAAGUUCUCAACUUGGAAGAUAUCAAGCAGCAGGAUACAAGAGAAGGAGAGUUUAACGUCUUUAUACCAGAGAACAGAGAAAGACAAAUACAUAGAACGACUAGUUGGCUCAAGGCUACCAUUUACCAGUUGCACAAGGCUUUCAAAGUUAUUUUGAAAGAAGAUCAAAGAGCCGAAACCAGCGAAAGCUACUUCAAUUUGUGUUCCUCAAUUCUAAGCCGUUGUUUUGUUUCAUGUACUUUUUUGGUCCCUCAGAUUAUCAACUGUUUGGCUCUCAUCUGCGACCAGAAAACAUAUUUCCAAAAAUUGACUGAUUCACUAGCUCUGGAUUCUCAAGCGCCAAAGAAGCUGGAUCUGGUUUUCAUAGAGUUUGAAAAAGCGCUAUCUUCAGCUGACGUGAUUCUGCUGUCUCCAGAUUCAUCCAAAAUAACCUCAUACUUCAAGAAACUAUCCUUUUUUGUCCGAAUACUUUCAUUCUUCGAUAAAGACAUUUUGUUAUUAUCAGAAAGGUCAAUUCAUACUCUCCAGGAGAUACUUGUUUCACAGGGAUUUCAGAAUCGCAAGAAGAAGAUUUCAGCGGAAGCCUCGUAUACCGAUCAACUUCUUUCAAUUACUACAAAUUCAAGUUUCCAAGACCUUGAAAAAGCUAGGGUGUUGGACGGUAUUUACGACGCAGAGGUCGAAGAAUCUCUCCAAAGUUAUCUCUUUACACUUGGAGAACACAAUGUAUCAUUUCUCGAACCGAUACUGUUGAACUUGCCGCCUGUUACGUCAAAUGAACUAGCUAUUUCGAAUUCAAUGACUUUAUGGCUUGCAUCCAGUGCUCUCCAUGCUUCAACUCCACAAGACUCGAGUUUUUUGAUAGAAGAUGAGGAAUCUAAUAGUCCAUCUGAUGUGGUGCUUAGUCUGCUAGAAAAAACGGGCGAGUUGCUUACCUACAGUUCCGUCAGAGAUGAACAAAAUCUUAUACAAUCCAAAUUGGUGGGGCUGAUGUGCAUCGAAAAAGCUUGCGUUGUUUUAGGAGACGGGUUUGGACCCGAACUGGUUGAUUUUUUGUAUCCUGUGGUUGACAAUCUUGCCUCUUCAAGCCAAAUUGUCCGAUCGCAAGCUCAACAUGUUGCUUUGAAAAUCGCCGAACAACUUUAUGACGGUUCUGUCGAGAAAUUGAUUACGGAAAACUGUGAUUACCUUGCUGAUUCAUUGUCAAUCAAUAUGACUGGAGACUCUAUUACCCCACGAACUCCAAUUGUUUUAGGCGUUCUGAUCAACAUAGGAGAUAUUGGACUGGUAACCCAGUUGGACGAUAUUAUUUCAACAAUAUUCACUUUGUUGGAUAUGUACCACGGAUACACUUCACUAUGUGAGGGAUUCUUUUUGGUUUUCGAUCAGCUGGUUACCAAAGUUUACAACAGUUUCUUCAAAGACUUUGAUUUCCAGAGUCUGGAACAAAACUUACAAGAAGACAAUGUUCUUGUUCCAAGUCAUUGGAAUCUAUCAGAUAUUGACGACGUGGUUGAAUUUGUUGAGAAAGAAGUAGAUGUUCCAGAGCUGGAUUCAGAUGAAAAUAAUGCUCCAGAUGAACAACUGAAAAAAGACAAGGUUUUGGAGGUUGAUAGCGAUGACGAGUCUGGGUCUGAAAUUGAGUCUAUUGCUCCAUUUCAAGAGCCGCAGCAAUCCGACAAGCCACCCAUCUCCCCUAAGCUGUUCAAAACUCUAUUUCAGAUCUUCUCGUACAGCGAAAGACUUUCGAAGCAUAAUUCAGUCAAAGUGACUCUCAUCACGUUAAACCUGAUCAAUAAGCUGCUUCCAAUAAUGGCUACGGAUAAAUCAACUCUGCUCAAAAUUUGUGCAUCUCUAUGGCCAACCGUUUCCAGCUUUGUAUACCAUAAGGAUUUGAGAGUUGUUGAUGCUGCUCUGAAGAUUCUCACGACACUGCUCCGUUAUGGGAAUACAUUCCUGAGCUCAAGAUUUUGUGAAAUUGUUGAUCCCAUGUUUGGAAAGUUCACGCCUCUGAUUGCGAAACAAGAAGCCAUAUACAAGAAAAGAAAGCUCAACAGUUCUAAUAAGCUAAUAAAUAAGACAAGCACUUCAACGGACUUGGAUGCCAAAACCUUUGAAAGCCUGGCCACUUUUUGCCAAACAGCUUUGGUGAAGCUUGGAAGACUCCUUCCAAUACAGUUAGCCCUUAAAGUCACUGAAGUGUCUAUUCUUUAUGACGACGACGAAACUCACUAUGGGUAUUACGACGAUUACGUAUACUAUAUCAAAAACAAGGUUUGA